AUGCCUCCCAAGGUCGUUUCGGGCAAAGCAGCGAAAAAGGCCUCGAACGCCAAGGUAAUGAAGGUUAACAAGAUGAAGAAGCGCAGAGGCAGGGAGAGCUACGCUACCUACACCGGUAUCUUCUCGAAAGUCAAGUCUGUCAUGAACACGUUCGGGAAUGACAUUUUCAAGCAGAUUGCCUUGGAGUUCAGCCAUCUUGGUCACUACAACAAGCGCUCGACAAUCAUGAACAAACAGAUUGAAACUGUAGUUUGGCUUCUGUUGGCCGGUGAGUUGGCCAAGUAUGCCAUCUACAAAAGUACGAUGGCGGUGACCGAGUACACUAGCACAAAAUAG